AUGACGAAUAACCCUAAUAUUGCCAUGAUUGACAAUCCAGAGGAUGACGGCGUUGAACUCAUGGAAGAGAUUGAUCAGGUUGAAGUACUCAGAAAGGAACCCAUUGAUAUUUCAAAGUCACGCAUUCAAAUCCUUGAUGAGGAAAGAGCAGAACGAGUCGCAAAACGUCGUCAACCAAGUAAUCCCAUUAAAAAAGCACUUCAUCGUAUUAUUCCUUAUGGUGGGAUUGUAUCAUCUGGGUUUAAUCUUGCCAGUUCAUCCCUUGGUGCCGGUAUAAUAGCCUUACCCUAUGCAUUUAAUACUUCUGGAUUGGUAAUGGCUAUUAUUUACCUUGUGGUAAUUGGUCUUUUGACGGUUUAUUCUUUUACCCUCCUUGCCAUUGCCGGUAAACGUACUGGAUUACGCAACUAUGAACAAGUUACCCAAGCAAUACUUGGUCGUUUUGCUGGAUAUCUCUUGGCAUUCCUGCUUUGGCUUCUUAGCUUUGGUGCGGAAAUCUCAUACGUUAUAUCUCUUGGGGAUCUUAUUGCUGCUUUUGUAAGGAACUCCGAUGCCCCUGAUUACUGGAAAUCUACAUCUGGUAUUCGUGUACUGAGUACCUGUGUCUGGGCUGUGGGUAUGCUACCUCUCUGUCUCCCUAAAGAGAUUAACUCACUACGGCAUUUAUCUUUCGUUGCGGUAUUUUUCAUUGUAUUUUUUGUCAUUUGCAUUGUGGUUCAUUGCGCUCGUUUCGGUUUUGUCAAUGGUUUACGGAAAGACUUGGUGUACUUUCAGACUGGAAAUCCAGCAAUAGAAGGACUUUCUAUAUUUAUUUUUGCCUUUAUUUGUCAGCUAAAUUGCUAUGAAGUCUAUGAAGAAAUGUACAAACCUGGUGUAAGAAGACUGACGAAGAGUGCCGGAGUUGGUGUGUUUCUCUGUUUCAUUCUAUACUUCAGCGCUGGACUAUUUGGCUAUUUGGACUUUGGACCAGCCGUUACGGGAUCUGUACUGAAGCAAUAUAAUCCAAUUGAAGAUAAAAUGAUGGCUGUGGCUUAUGCUGGUAUUAUACUAAAGCUCUGUGUUGGAUAUGGUUUACAUAUGAUUCCUGUACGAGAUGCUGUUUACCAUGUAUGCCGUAUUGAUGUGAAAACGAUUGCAUGGUGGAAAAAUGCGAUGAUUUGUGGUUUUAUGGCUGGAUGUUCACUUGUGGCCGGUUUUUUCAUUCCUAAUGUGAAUGUUGUUUUUGGACUUGUUGGUGGCCUUUCCGGUGGAUUUAUUGGCUUUAUUUUUCCAUCAUUGCUGUUCAUGUACACUGGCAACUGGUCACUGCAGUCUGUUGGCUUCUUUCACUACUUUGCCACUUACUUCUUGUUAAUUGUUGGAGUCAUUGCUGUCGUUUUCGGCACAGCGGCUUCCGUCUAUGGUGAAGUACAGAGACACUAA